GCUUGGAGGUGGUGGCUGUGGUGCGGCGGGAGGGAGAGGCGUAGAGACACCCAGAGCUCAACAGCGGGGUGCGGAGAAGGUCCAGAUUUCACCGGGCUCGGAGGACUAUUCUCCCGUCCCCCCGGGAUCGAUAGUGUGGGGGCAUUUCUUUCAUUUUCUUACGGUUUUGUCGCGCGAGGGCUGGAGUGGCAUGACGGAGAGCGGAGCGGAGACCGAGCUGCGAGGCAGUGGAAGUGUUCGUAAGGGUUGUGAUCCCUUUGCACAGACUCAGCGGAGCAAACUACAGCAUCGCCGAGCUCGGAUUAACCAGCAGAUUAACAAGGAGAUGCGAAUGCGAGCAGGAGCCGAAAAUCUGUUUCGGGCUACAACUAACAACAAGGUGAAGGAAAAUGUGGCUCUGGAAUUGAGUUUUGUGAACUCCAACUUACAGCUUCUGAAGGAAGAACUAGAGGAACUGAACAGCUCCGUGGAAGUUUAUCAAAAUGGAAAUGAGUCUAUUAGCGUUCCCAUGAUUCCUCUGGGCCUGAAGGAGACAAAAGAAGUUGAACUAUCGAUGCCUCUGAAGGAAAUUAUUGAAGAACACUAUAAUGAAGCAGCAUGCAAGUACGAAAAAGAACUGAAGGAACUUGUGGAUCUCCGGCAGGCAAUACGCACUCCAACCAGGAAUGAUGCUGGGAUUGAACUGCUUAUGGAAUAUUACAACCAGCUUUACUUCAUCGAUAACCGUUUUUUCCCUCCCAAUAAAAACAUGGGUAUCUUUUUUCAUUGGUAUGACUCUUUGACUGGUGUUCCUUCUUAUCAACGGGCUCUAGCUUUUGAAAAGGGAAGCAUUCUGUUCAACAUUGGAGCACUAUAUACGCAGAUUGGGGCACGACAGGACCGGACCACUGAGGAGGGAAUUAAUUAUGCCAUAGAUGCCUUCCAAAAGGCAGCAGGUGCAUUGAACUACUUGAAAGAAAAUUUCUUCAAUGCACCAAGCCUCGAUAUGAGCACUCCAUCCCUCAACAUGUUGGUUCGUCUGAUGAUUGCACAAGUACAGGAAUGCGUCUUUGAAAAGGUGAUAGUGGCGGGAGUUAAGGAUGAGUUCUUAACGCAGCUACAGUGUGCACAGGAAGCAGCAAGGGUGGCAGAUGUGUACUCCUUGGUCUAUCAGACAAUGACACAACCCCCAGUGAAAAAUUAUGUUCCAUUCUCUUGGACAACUAUGGUUCAGGUGAAAUCUGAGUAUUUCAAGGCCAUUUCUCACUAUUAUGCAGCAAUCGCACUAUGUGACCAUAUAAUGGGUCCUGAUGAGGAGGAAAGUGAACAAGUCAAGGCUCUUCAACAGCUUCAUGUGACAAUGCCUGAGGGUCCGUCAUUAAUCACAGUACUGAAAGAUAAAGAAGAGCGACGCAAAUUAGGGAAGGCUCAUUUGAAGAAAGCAAUAAUUAAACAUGAAGAAGCAAUGAGGAUUCACAGUCUGUGUAGGAUUCUCAGGAAGAUGGAUAUCCUGCAAGAGGUGCUAUCUAUUAUCCAUAAACGAUCACUGAAAAAGUACUCUGAAAUCGAUCGUGAGGAUGACUUUUUUGAUACUAUUGAAGCUCCAGAAAUUCAUCCAAAAACACAGCAAAAACCAGAAAUUAAAACUCCAAACUUCUCCAAGGUGAAAGUCACUGAUAUUUUUCACAGAUUGGGACCUUUGUCAGUUUUUUCUGCCAAGAAUCGGUGGACACCAGCCAAACAAGCUCACCUUAAGAAAAGCGAAAAAGGAUUUGGAUUUACUCUACGUGGAGAUUCACCUGUCCUUAUUGCAGGUGUUGUUCCUGAUGGCUCUGCUGAUGAAGCUGGUCUCCGAGAAGGAGACUACCUUGUGUCAGUGAAUGAACAAGAUUGCAAAUGGUCCAAGCACACUGAUGUAGUUCAGCUAUUGAAAAAUAUCAGUACAGAAGGUGUCAGUAUUGGUGUGAUAACUCUAAUUACCUCUGAGCAACAGAACAAUCAGGCUGACAGAAAAUCACUUCUAGGUACAAUGUCUUCGACAAGCAUCUUCUCUGGGAAUGAUAAAGAGAAUAGCAAGAAAAUUGCUGAUUCGACUAAAGGUUCAGGUUUGCUGGUCACCUGGAACAAAAAGAAGAGUACAAACAAGGAUGGUAGCACUCACAGCUUACCUGUCAUUGCUGUAACAGACGAUGGAUCAUUCUAUUGAAGAGUUUCAUUACUCCUAAUUUGUGUUAUUCACCACAAACAUACUCAAUUCAACAAAGGAUACAGAAUGUCUUUUUUUUUUAAAAAGAGUUCAUCUCAAUUGAAGCCCUAUCAAUCAUGCACUACAAGAUUUAUUAUUAUUUACAUUCCUUUAUGGGGGAGAUGACAGCAGAGUGGUAUUGUAACUGCACUAGUAAUCCAGCGGCCUAGGCUAUUGUUGUGGUGAUCUCAAAUCUCACUUCAAUUCAGUUAAUAAAUCUAGCUAUGAAAUGCUGGUGUUCUUAAGGAAGGAUAUCUGCUAUCUUUACCGGGCCUAGAUCUGACUCCAGAGCCAUCAUGAUAAAGUUGACUCUCAAAUACCAUCUGAAAUAGUCUCGUCAAUCACUCCAAUGUACUAAACCACUGCAAAAUAUUUCUUUAAAACAUGUAUUAGACUUUUGAACUGUUGUUCUAUUGAAAGACACAUUAGGAUGGCGGGACAUAAAUGGUAAAGUGAAGCAAGGUCAAAUGUGCCACAGUAAAACAAGGCUUUGACAUCUUACAGUAGAUUCACUGUAACCAGUUUAAUUAAAGUGAAAAGGUUUUCUAUACCAGCCUUAAUGAAAGUGCUGAAUAAUCUGUACAUUUCUGGCAUUUUUAAGUUCUAUAUGAAUUUUUCCUUACUGGAUGGGAGUUUAUAAGCUAUUUUUAACUCAUUACAAACCAAUAGCCGCUUCAGGCUGCUGCUGCAAGGUAGUACCUUUUAGAGAUCUCACUGUGGCAGACCACAUCUUGUUUCAUUUUGGUCCACUAAGAGUUUGUGUUUCUCUCCUUCAGAGUUUUAUUUUUGUUGAUGUUCCAUGCUUUGUGUGAUGUGUUUUCAGCAAUAACAAGUCAAAUCAAAUCCCUACCAUCAGAUUAUCAGAGCACAACAUCACUAAAAAUAGUAUUUAUCUAUCAGAACUGAUGAUACAUUGAAGGUCCACAAAUCACAAUCCUUCUGUCUUGUCUCAUUGGUCUCAGUAUUACUUUCUAUCAAGUAAAGCAUUUAAUUUGUAUUUGUUUAUUUCUAGCAUUUCUGUUUGUUUCAUCAUAUAAUCUGAGCAUUGGAAUUCAGCUAAUGUUACUGACUUCCCAACAAAACACAUUGUAACAUGGUGAGUUAUAUUGCAUAUAUUAGGAAGUCACACUGAGUUUAGCUUGGUAGAAUUAAUUUAGCUUAUUCCUCAGUGCUGUCAUGAGAUUGCCUCAAAAACAAAAUCUUAUGUAAAAGACACAAAAUGUACUAUAAUCUAGUACGUUUUUCUUUAAAGUUCUAAUGAUGACCAAUGGAGCAAGAGAUAUACUCAGAUCUGUGGAGUAAAACAUCCUCUACCAACUAUUGUUCAAGAGACUUAAGUCAUGGGCAUGAAGUUCUAACAAAAACAUUGUAUAUUGCUCUACUUGAUUUAAUUAGAUGUUCCUGCAAGUAUUUUAGAUGGAAGUAACAAUGUACAAUAAAAUGUAAUAGAGAUUGAGCAUCACAGUGCUCAUAAAUUCAAAUAUAGUGGUCAGUAACAGAGCCUAAAUCAGUUAGCAGUAAGGGAUUGGAUUUGCACAAGGUCAGUCAAUAUUCUAAACUGAGAAUGCCUAGUAUUGUGAUACUGUCUUUGAAUGGCUCCCCUAACUUGUACAUAUUUCAAUUUUUCAUUUUAAACUGGCAGCUGUUGGAAGUCUAGAAUUCAAUAUAGAGAUUCACUGAAAUGUGUUUUCUCUUUAUUUUCAAUAUGAGAAAAUGUAGCACUUGUUUGUCUUUUUAAGAAAUCAUGUUUUUUUGUAAAUGUUGGUCCUUUGCUAAUUGAUUAAGCUAACUGCAGCUGACACUGUGGAAAAUGUUCAUUCAUAGAUGAUUGACUUUCCACUCGAGAAGCAUGUGAGGAAUUAAUUUGUAUCAAGUCAUUCUUUAUGUUGAGGCAUACUUAUGUGUUUUGAUUUUCCUUUUUGGAAGAAAAGAUGCAUUCAUUUUCUGUAUUAUGUAAGAUCAGAUUUUUCUUGCUGCUCUACUUCAAACAAAACUCAUUUGAUGAGCACUCUCUUUAAUUACUGAAAAAAAAUUAAACGGUUGAGUUCAGUAAUACACUGGAAGAAUUAGGAGGCAAGGGAGCCAGUUAGAAAGUGUCUGCUUUUUAUUUUACAGCUUCUUAUGCGCUCAUGAUUAAAUUGCAUAAAAUUCUGUAAAUAAAAAGCAGUUUUUGUGCACUUCAUAACAACGGAGCAUCCAAAAGUCAAUGAAAUACUUUUGAAGUAUAAAUACUGUCAAAAUGUAGGAAAUGUGGGUAGGAAGUAUUGAUUCUGAAUGGAUUAAAAAUAAAAAAUAUUUUCAUAUAAAACAAUACACUGUAUUCAGAAUUGUCUAGGACAGAAGUUGAAAAGGUAUUCUCAGUUUUCCUAUUUUUGCCUCUUAAUAGUAAAAUCUCAGGGAAAGAAGGUUAUGUCUAAGAAAAAUCGAUGGGUUGCUGCGUUGUUUGUACAGACUGCCAACUCCAUUUUAAAUUGUUAUAAUGAUUCAUUAGGUAACUGUAUUGUGGUAUUGGCAAUGAGCCAUAUAAGCCAUAUUUACAGUUUAAAGAAGGGCUAGUAAUGCAUGUGAACAAUACAGCAACUGAUCAAAGAUACAGCAUCUUUCCCUGAAUGUACACAGAGGCAGGCAAAAUCAUAAAUACUUAGAGACACCUAUUUUGCUAUAUUCUUGUCUGAUGGGAAAUGGUUUUCAUUAUCAUUCAGGCAACUGCCUGGUAACUUAUAUCUUUUACUGUUGUGUAGCCGCCUCACUGCAAUAAUUAUUGCAAAGACACUGGCCCAUCAUCAUCUCGUCACAAUAACUCUUGAAAGGCAAUAAAUGCAGUCUUGUUGGCAUCAUCUGUGUCCUGAGAAUAGUGUUUUCAAAAACAAGAGUUAAUGAUGUACAAAUGUAGCAUAAGGGAUAAACUGUUUCCAAGUCUGAAACAUGCAGUUAUAGAUUCAUAGGGUUUACAGCAUAGAAACCCUUCAGUCCAACUUGCCCUUGCUGACCAGAUGUUCUAAACUGAUCUACUCCCAUUUAUUAGCACUUGGCCCAUAUCUUCCUCAACCCUUCCCAUUCAUGUACCCAUUCAGGCGUUCUUUAAAUGUAAUUUAACUCUUCUCCAUCACCUUAUCCUAAUAAUGCAUUGUUCAUGGAUUUGUAAAAUUUUACAGGCUGCCAUCUUUUCUCCCUCCACUCCCAAUUUAAAAGUCUGCCAGGAGCAUGUGCACAAAAGAUCAACUGCCCUCUCGCAACUUUAUGCUCAGCAGGGCAUUAGUUGGUUCAGGUGAGAUAUUCUUCCCCCAUUGGGAUGAAUUCCUGCCUUAUUGAGCUGGUGCAUUAAGUAGUGCCAGUGGCAUAACAGUGACCACUGUUCAAACUAUAGGCGUAUCUCAAGAAAGAAGAGGGAAGGUGUAUCAGGGCUGGCUGGCAGAAACCAUGAGGUUGCGAAUUUUAAAGGUUUAAAAGCGUGUACAAUUAUUGAGGGUUGGGGAGGUAGGGUGUCUCCAAUAGACACACAUGACACAGAACAUGGGUCCUUUCCUCCUUGCUAAACACCAACCCAUACAGUAAAAGUUGCUAGCCUUCCUGCUUAGCAUAAAGGCCUUCAUCUUCUCGCGGAUAAAAUAGUCGCAGUUUGAAUGAGGCCCUUAAUUGAACAUAAUUGAUCAUUUAAAGACCUCCAAGCCCAUAAGCUGUAAAAUGGGACUGCGAUCAGGGAUGGACAGGAGGAUCAUGUGCUUUACAAGCACCCGCCUUCAGUAAUGCCAACAAGAUUCACCCCAGACUUUUACUUUUUUCCGUUCCUGUCUAUAAGCCAAACAUAGACCAUUACAUUGCUGAGAAAAUGUGUGAAGUACACUGCCUGAUCUCACUCUGGUUGUUAAGAGGUAGUCGGGAAUAACUUUCAAUGGCUAGCCUAGCAGUUGUCCCUAACACCUCCAAUCCAUCAUUUGAUGGUUGCUAUCUAGUCUUGGAUCACUUUUCCAUCUAAAUAGAGCUCAUCAGGGACCAAAGCUUUUCGGUUCAAUGACCCAGUUUGUUAAACAACUGUGUCAGCGGCUCAUUGUUUUAAACAGAUGAGUCCUUGCUUGAAAUGAAUGUCAGCCAGGUAUAUUUUGAACAUUAAGAAACCCUGCCACUCAGGGGAAUUAGUGCUUGGCAAGAUGCUAAUUUGAAAUUUAUAUCUAAAAUUUCAAGAAAUUUACUUUUCACAAAUAUAUUUAUUGCACAGAUCCAUUGAUUUGUGUAAAUAUUUUCAAAGCCAUUUCUUGUGACACUGAGGCUCAUUCAUCCCUGUCUUUAGAAUGAAAGUGUUUGAACCAUAGCUGGUUCUAUUUUUCUUUUCCAUGCAUAAACAGCUCAUGUUUCAGCCAGCUACAGUCACAUUGCAGUCGUUCAUGUUCUGAUUAUUCCCUAGAGUGCAAACCACCUAAAUUCAGACCAACAUAGAGUCAUAGAGAUGUACAGCAUGGAAACAAACUGUUCGGUCCAUGCCGAACAGAUAUCCCAACCCAAUC